CUGUUUAUUCACGGUCACCAUAGCAACUGUUAGAAAACAUGUCUUUCUUCAAUGUAACUCAGUUAGGACCACAAAAUCCUAUCAAAGUAUUAAAAACUGCCAACGAAAAUGCAACAGGUACUAAAGAAGAGACUCCUCCUUCCACUAACAGAGCAACCCCGCCGCAUCAGCAUGCUAGACCGGAGGACACAUUCCAGAUCCCAAGCUUGAACUCAAUGUAUAAUCCGAAUGCUUCUUCAUUACCAUACAAAGGAUCACACAAGCUAUUUAGUGAGAAGAGAAUGAAACACCAACGUCAUCCAAAAGGUCCAACAGAUAUUUACAUGUACCCCAUGACUACCUCACAACAAUAUGGUUGGUGGAUGAAAUAUGAUGCUGGAGACUGGCCAAAGGGAGAGAAGCAUGUGCAUGUUAACAGUGAAAUGACAAGAUUUGUUGACGAAAUGAGUGCAACUAACAAAGACUUCAGUUUGUUUUAAGAACAUCAUUACUAAUAAUUUUGUACUUUGUCAAAAUAGUAUAACAACACAUUAUAAUUAUUAUGUCAGGUAUCUAUAAUUGUCCUGUUGACCACCUACUCUUUCUAAGUAUUUAUUCUCUAUCAAAAUAUCCACAGAUUCAAUAAGGAAAA